GCGUCAGUGACUACCAGUUUUCCGAAAGCCAGGAACCGGUGCAUCAUCAAAGUCACCAUUUAUGCCAAACAAGAACAGCUAAAGAAGAGGCCAAAGAACUGACUUAUCGGAAACACAGUGCUAAUGCGGUGAAACUCAAAAUUAGUGCAUCGAAUUUCGCGAGGGACUUUCAAUGUGACCCUGACAUCACUCUAGUUCAAACCCAGGUAGUAUUGAUGGUCGGAUGAGUGGACCAAUUAGGACUUUUAAAAACCGUGGUGGAGAAGCUUCCACAUUCGAACGUAGCGUCACCUAGCCACCCGUCGACCUGGCUGAUAAGAUUCGCGUAAUAGGGCCUGCCUUUAGGAGAAAAAUAUGCAGCGUGACCUAACACUCUUGAUUCUUCUCGCUGGUCUGGUCUGCAUAGAAGGAAGUUGGCCAGGAAUGUCAAAUCCAUUGAAAACCGUCUGGUCGUCUCUCUAUCCGGACGAUACAGACGACAGAGACUGCUCGGGAUGUGCUCAGAACAAAAUUCAAGUCAUUGAACAAGAUCCGAUUCUCACUGAGCUAAGGGUUGAGUACGUCAAGCAACAGAUUCUGAAGAAGCUGCGAUUGUCGAAGCCACCAGAAGUGUCGCUGUCCCUAUCGACCUUGCCGAAGCCGCUGAUAAACGGACACGUGCUUGAACUCCGACCUGGUGAACCGCUCGAGCCGGAAAAACCGGCAGAGAGCUUUUAUGGAAAAACUGAUCAAGUUGUCGUCUUCCCGAAUGAAGGUGAAGCGGACUUAAUCAAAUGUCGACAAACAUCGAAUCACGUGACAGGUUUUAAUCCAGCAGCUUGUUUUACCUUUUAUUUGCCAAAUGAAAUGCAAUUCGUCAGUGUCACGUCAGCUGAACUAUGGUUUUAUAAAGAGCAGGAUGCUAAUGACAACUUUAAUCAAACUUUUGUUCUUUCUGAAUUGGACCAUUGGGACCAGAGUGGCAGUUUUGAGAAGAAUACUAUCAUGGCGAUUUUAGAAACGAGCAUAGAAGAGGGUUGGGUGAAAACUGAUGUCGGUUUCACAGUGAGAAAAUGGGUUGAAAGACAUUGGCUGAACCAUGCGAUUCAAAUAGAAUGCAGUACUUGCGAGCUGGAGAGAAAUGUCGCCCCUGUUUCUAUUGAACAGACCCUAAAACCGUUUCUCGUCAUUCACACAUCACCCUUGCCACAAAAAACCAGACCGAAAAGGAACUCAAAUUGUCUACCGGAGAUGAAAGAGUGUUGCAGGGACGAAUUGUAUAUUAGUUUCGAGGAUAUCGGAUGGAGUGAUUGGAUUCUUCAUCCCAGUGGAUACCACGCUUACUUUUGUCGGGGGUCUUGUUCGUCAGCAGCAUCGCUCACUGUGAGCGCAACACCUUACAACAAUGUCAUCAGGAAAUUGUUGACGAGGGUUAAUGCGCUGCAGAGAAAGAACGAAAUAGUCCCGUGUUGUUCGCCAACCCAACUUUCACCAAUCCAGUUAUUGUACAUCGACACGAAUAAAACCAUAACGCAAAAAACUCUGCCCAAUAUGGUGGUGGAGGCAUGCGGAUGUAUGUAAAUCGCUAAGUAACUCAUUUAAAUUAUUCCGAGGUGGGGGAAAGAUACUGUUCUAAACAUACAUUUUGAGAGCAAGGGCCUUUUAUAGUGAUAAUUCUAAUCUAAGUUUGCGCCUAGUUCACUACGAAUUAAGUGAACGUGAAGAGUUCUCCCAGUUGAUUGGGAAUUUCGAGUAAAGUAAGGGCCAUUAUCGAGUCGUCAUAUCGCACAAUUUGCUCAAAAAGUUACUGAGAAAUUGAAAAGAAUAAGGAUAGUGGUUUUUUAUGUUUGUGUCAAUCGUGCGAAAUGAUGUCUCAAACCGAAGCAGUAUUUUCUUAUAAACUAUUCGCAGAUAUGUGAAUCAUACUCAUGUGAAUUAUUUUCUAUUUAAUUGUCCGAAUGACCUGCGGCUUACGAAACCGCGAAUUCAUAAUAAUUACUGAGUUAUUUAUUUUUAUGGCAGAUUUUAAUAUUUUUUUCAUGAAAAAUGAAGCAGUUGGUCCAUUGUAAUCAAUAAUCACUUUAAAAAUUAAGGAUCUCUUUUUCAUUCAUCUACAUAUCGAGUAACUAUAAAUGAAUCUGAAAUCUAUAAUAUGUUUAGAAGUAAAUUUGAACGUUAUUGAAUAUAUCUUUUGUUUAAUCUUACAUCAUGUAAACUUCGCGUAAAUCAUAUCUAGAAGACAUAAUCAUUAAAAAAAUCUCAAAACGGCGACGAAAUAUUUUAUAGCUGUUUUUAAAACAGAAACUUCACUAGAUUGAAAUACUUUGUAUCGUGAAAUAUACAGUAUUUCAGCUUUCGCUUAUAAGAAAAGAUUGAAUUAAUUUCGAGUUUGACUACACAGGGAGUACACCCGCAACUUAAAUUUAUAAAAGAUUUUUUUUUAAUAAAUCGGGAGUUUAAUAUUAGAAAAUAUAAUUUUUCCUCCUUAAUAGAAUUCUUCGAACAAGAAUGAACCGUAAUUUCUCUCGAGGAAUGGAUAGUAGACGUUAGCGUCACAGGUGCUUGUGCAUUGUAUAUUAACAUGACAAAAACUUACAAAAUUUAACUUAUUUUAAAUAUUAGGAUUGUUCUUUUACAUCCAGUGUUAUUUCAUUGUGUGAAUGUUCUGGAAUGCUAGAAUGAGUUAUAUUUAUGACAUUCGACCUAUUUCUUCAUAGGUAGAGUUAACAAUUUACGAUUACACUGCUUCUGUGUGAAAUAUUAAAUGUUGUCUUACACAAAGAAAAAACAAUUUGUUUACUUUAUUUCCACGAUCGCGGUCCUGAAAUAAAAGCAAGAUACUUAUAGUUCAUGUGGAAAAUCGAUUUAAAAAAGUAAAGAUAGAAUUUAUUCUGAGAAAAUUCGAAAAUUUGAUGUCAGGGCGAAUGUAAGUGUAUAUAAAUUAUAAAUGUCUUAUAAG